AUGCAGUUCUGGCUCAUCAUGCUCUCCGGAUGCCUUAUGGAUUUUUCCACAGCCCUAGACGCUACCAUUAUCACGACCGCCCUCCCCAGGAUUACUACUUAUCUCAGUGGAGAGGCUGAAUACGUCUGGCUUGCGAAUACCUACGUAUUCGCCUGUACGGCAGUCAUGCCUUUUGUCGGCCAGAUCUCCAAUAUUGUGGGCCGUCGAAUGCCCAUGAUCCUCUCGGUGGUUCUGUUCUCCAUUGGGAAUGCCAUAGCCGGCGCAUCUGUCAAUUCAGCUAUGCUGAUCGCGGCCCGGGGAGUUACUGGUCUUGGAGGUGGCGGCAUAUUCGUUUUGAAUGAUUUGAUUAUUAGCGACUUGGUGCCCGUCCGGGAGAGGGCAAAAUUUCUUGGCAUUCGCAUCGCAAUUGCAACGAUAUCAACGAUAAUCGGUCCUGUGUUGGGUGGGGCUUUAGCCCAGUCAUCAUGGCGCUGGGUCUUCUUCGUUAAUCUACCGUUUGGCGGGAUUGCGCUUGUCAUCAUGGUCCCAUUCUUGCGCCUCAAGACUAAGGACCAGCCUUCAUGGGCCAAGGCGAUUGUACGUGUCGACUUCCUCGGUAAUGCCAUAUUCAUCACCUCAAUAUCAGCUAUAUUACUUGGGUUGAUCAUGGGUGGCACACAAUAUCCUUGGUCGUCCUGGCAUAUCAUCGUGCCCCUGGUCCUAGGUUUUGCCGGCUGGGCUCUAUUUCAUGUCCACCAGGCUUCUCCAAUGUGCAAGGAACCGAGCAUGCCGCCUUUGCUUUUUGGCAAUCGAACCUCGGUCGCCUGCCUUGCUUUGACCUUCAUCUCAAACAGCCUACUGGAAUGGAUCGUCAAUUUUCUGCCCAUCUAUUUCCAAGCCCUUAAAGGUGCAACUCCAAUGGCUUCUGGCAUCGAUGUACUGCCUUUCAGCGUUUUCUAUGUUUCCAUCGCUGUGAUAACAGGUGGCCUCAUGUCCAAGCUUGGGACAUAUAAGCCUAUACACUGGGUGGGGUUUGGCGCAACGUUACUAGCAUGUGGACUGCUCGCCAUCUUGGGCGAGAACUCGUCUCGUGUGGAAUGGGUUUGCUUUCAACUUAUCCUAGCAAUUGGUGCUGGCUUCACAAUGAUCAGCAUCCUUCCUGUUAUCCAAGCCAGCGUACCUGAUUCCUACUUGGCCACUGCAACUAGCACCUUCGCCUUUGUACGUAACUUCGGCUUCGUCUGGGGUAUCACGGUUCCUUCCAUCAUAUUCAACGCACAAAUUGACAGAAACUUAUACUGGGUCCACGAUGAUUCCAUUCGCCAGCAGCUGAGUCAAGGAAGGGCUUAUGGGUACGCCGGAACUGGCGAAAUCAACUAUCUCACACCCGUUGUGAAAGGGCAGGUCAUCGAGGUUUACGAAUCAGCGCUCAAGGCCUUGUGGGAAGCUGCUGCUGCAAUGGCGGCGGUAGCAUUCUUGUUGGUAUUUCUGGAGCAAAAUUUGGAGCUGAAGAUGGACAUGAAUGAAGACUUCGGAAUGGAAGAGAAAGGGGUCGGCAAGGUAGACCAUACCAUCCAGGAGCGGCCUGGCACCAUGUAA